AUGGGCCUGAUCUGGCUUCUGCUGCUUAGCUUGCUGGAACCCGGCUGGCCCGCGACGGGGCCCGGGACACGGCUGCGGCGCGAUGCGGGCGGCCGUGGGGGCGUCUACGAGCACCUCGGCGGGGCUCCCCGGCGCCGCAAGCUCUACUGCGCCACCAAGUACCACCUCCAGCUGCACCCCAGCGGCCGCGUGAACGGCAGCCUGGAGAACAGCGCCUACAGCAUCCUGGAGAUUACUGCGGUGGAAGUGGGCGUGGUGGCCAUCAAAGGGCUCUUCUCUGGGCGGUACCUGGCCAUGAACAAGAGAGGACGGCUGUAUGCUUCGGAGCACUACAAUGCAGAGUGUGAGUUCGUGGAGCGGAUCCAUGAGCUGGGCUACAAUACUUAUGCCUCCCGCCUGUAUCGCACAGGGCCCAGUGGGCCAGGGACUCGGCGGCAGCCUGGUGCCCAGAGACCUUGGUACGUGUCUGUAAAUGGCAAGGGUCGGCCACGCCGGGGCUUCAAGACCCGCCGCACACAGAAGUCCUCCCUCUUCCUACCCCGAGUGCUGGGCCACAAAGACCAUGAGCUGGUGCGGCUGCUGCAGAAUGGCCAGCCACGAGCUGCAGGAGAGGGCAGCCAGCCUAGACAGCGGAGGCAGAAGAAGCAGAGCCCAGGAGACCAUGGCAAGAUAGAACCCUUGUCUCCUGGGGUCGUUCCAGGCGCCCAUCUGGAGACAGGUGAACUGGCUGUGGCCUAA